GAUUGAGUUUGACGAUCUCACGGGCCUGGCGACCGCGGAGGGCUAUGUCCUUUUCCAGUUGAACACAGCAACCGGCGCUGUGCAGGUCUCGCCUGAGGUCAACCUGUCUCACGUUUUCGACACAGAGAGCACCACCGGCGCAGCUCCACGUCGAGGCCGUUUGGACGUAUCCUGUGUCAUUUUGGGCCACUUCGAAUGGCAAGUGGGCAGACCGCAAGUCCCCAUUCACGGAAGGCUUCAGAUCUCCGUGCAGGAUUCCGUUUGCUGGAAGCGAGCGCUGGACACCGGGUCUGGCCAUGGCCGGAGCCUGCGACGCCUCCUUCCAAAGGGCCCUGGCGGCCCUGGCGAGUGCCGCCGGAGCUGCAGGGAGGAUGCAGGCUGCGCUGUCUACAGCUACUCUUCGGGCAGAUGCGUCUCCCUGGCACCCUGUGGCCCACAUCCGAAAGAACUCUGUCAGAGCUACAGUGAGGCAGUGGAGAAGAUUGUGAACUGCAGCAUGGAGCACACGUGUCUCAACCUGACGGCUGCUGAGCCAGUCUGGCUGUACAGUGGCAUCUUCUGUCCGGUGGCAUUUGGGGUGGAGCCAACCACGGACCAGCUCAGCUGGGUCUAUCGCAAAGAGGAGCCUGUUGGUAGCGCAUUGGAUGUCUUCUACCUGCAAGCUUCAGAGAUGGAUCCAGAAGUCGCUUGCGGCUCCGGCAAUUUGCUUCUCACCAGGAGUAAUGUCACGUGGGAUUUCGAGAACGUGACUUCCAACUACAUGGAGCUGUUCGGCUCUCACGUCGCGUGCCUCGUCAGUGUGGCCGGUGCAAAAGUUGUUCCAGCCACCUUCGAACACGGAGAAGAGGGCCUCUUUGGGCAGAACGAGACGGACUACGUGGGCAAAGGCUUGAGGCUCACGUUGAAGAGCCAACAUUGCCCACUUCCGGAGACCGAAGAAAAUGGGGAUGCCGGCCUUGCUCAGGAGGCUCUUCUGGUGGAUGAUCCAACCACCACCACGCCCAAUGACUACUCCUUGCACGCCUGCGAUUGCUUCCCCAUGUCCUGGGGCAUCGAGCCGCCGGUCACGGACGAGAGCUUCAUGUCGGUGCCCAAAGGCAAAAACCAGUUUGUGCUUGAAGCCAUUGAGAUCGCACGGGGCUCGCUGAUCUGUGAUCAGCGCUUUCUCCAGCCUGUUUUCACUCCUUUGCCGAGUGAGCACGACUGCCGCGAGGCUUGUCAAGUGAGGUCGGAUUGCUCCUUUUAUUGGUUCGGUGUGGCUGCGAAUUUGGAGCAGUGCCGACUCUACAGCGACUGCAAGGUCUUGUUCCAGGAGCGUGGCAGCAUUGGCGUUUUAGGAGGUAUUCUGAGAAGCCAGGUGUGCCGCCGAGCAGAUCCUGCAAAGUGCUGGGCCAUCAGCAAGCGCCGUGCCUUCCUGGAAACUGGCAAGGAAGAUGCAAGCGAUGCAAGCGCUGGCGCUGGCCUUCUCCCCGCGUUUAGCCCCUGCCUUUUCUCGAGGUUGGUGGAGCAGUGCGACUUUCAGCUGCUGCUCGGCGGCUUUGGAGUGGAGGAGUGUUUUGGCUGCACUCAUGCGCUGGUGCAUGAAGGCGACACAUGGCCCGAGAAACGCCGCAUUCCAGACCUGUUUUCGCCUGGCAGUCAGCUGCGCUACUCCUGCUGGGGAGAGCGCUACGCGGCCGUGACGGCUUUUCAGCCGGGCACGCAAAGUCCCAGUUACAACCUCUCCUGCGCAGGCGGCAAGUGGUGGGGCCCAGCAGGGCAGCUGGGCUUGAGCGGCUUUGCCUGUGGCGCUUGUGUGCAAGUGGUUCCCCCGGACUACGUCAGGUACCAGGAGGAGAGAAAGCAGGAGCUUUACUUCCUGCCGAGCCUGGCACUUCAGGUUCUCAUUGACCAGCGCACCCCACUCCAAUUGUCCUUGGAUGGCAGCCUGGAGCCCCGGAAGAACUCCGAGAGAGUGGAGAUCGAGGUAGACUUCAUGGAGGAGGGUGGUGGCGCAGCACUACGGGCGGGCCCCGCUGCGGGCUGCUUGAAUUGGCUUGGGGAUCAUAAGGGCAGCUUGGUCAGCGCGGAGUGCCAGCCAUUAUGGUGCCCCACAACUACGGCACUAGGCUGCCAGGCUCCUCCAGGGCAACUCUUCUUUUGCCGAGCUGACGACCGAUCUCAGUGUUUGUACUCCGAGGGCUCUGAGUUUACACUGCUGAAUGCAGCCAAAAGCGCAGGUAGACUUUGCCCCAGCUCCUUCUCAGCGCCGGGAAGGAAGUCUCCUGCCCGACUGAGAUCCACAGGGGACGCAGCUCCUGAGGACGCAGCCCUGCUGCAGCUGCGAUCACCUGUGUCAGCUUGUGCAACAGGCUGGCCGCAAGGGGCACUUGAGCCCGAGCCCAAAUGGAUUAGGCAGAUUACAUGGUUUUGGGUCGCACGGCAUGGCGACCCCGGUCAAAGCACCUUCCAGCUUCGAACUCCAGUCAGAAAUCACCUUUUCUGUCUGAAUGCGACGCAGCGGGGCUUCACGACAAGGGUCUGCCAGAAUGACGAGCUGUCACAGCGAUUUGACCAGGAUGUACUGGACCACUUGCUGCACGAACAGGUCGCAGUUUCGGCCAUGAACCCUGUCCGCCGUGACCCUGAAAGGGCGCAAGAGGAGGGGCAGAGCGCCCAUCCGCUCUUUCGCUUGAGCUUCGAAAAGGAUUGUGGACAAUAUUGCUUGGCCAACCUCAGCUUCCAGACAAAAGCUUCCACCCUUGAAGGCUGCGGUCUUGCAUCUGCGGCUGCGGGCUAUCCGGAAACUGAAUCUACAUUUGCCCUGCCCACCAUGAGAUUUUUGAACGGCUCCGGCUGUUUGGCUGCGGACAUCAAAACUUCCAGGCUGCUUUGGAAGAGCUCCUGUGAAAAAGGCUACAGCGACUGGAUUCAAAACGGCUCCCGGCUCGAAUCUGCACGCUUUCCCGGCAAGUGCAUCGAGUUCAGGAACCUUGACCAGUACCGGUUUCAGGAUUGUGGGAAGGAUGAAGCUGCACAAUGGAAUCGGGAGCUACAGUGCAUUUCCAACCCUGGCCGCACUAAGUGCCUGAUCAACUGGUUUAUUCGUUCUUCGAGUGAUAAUCCUCGAGUGGUGGAGUGUGACCGUGUCCAGGAAUACUAUGCUCGCCAAUCCCAACCUGCUUCAGCAAUGCGGCGGCGGGAGGACCUGACCGUGCUCGAAUGUCCCGGUGGCUCUCUGAUCAGCUAUGUGGAAAAGAAGGCUUGGAGCGCCCUUCUGAAUUACAAGUGCUCCAGAAUGGCCUUGCUGGGCUCCUGCACGCCUGUCAUCACUCCAAGCUACAAGAACACCGACACAGCCUUCCGUCAGCCCUUGGAAUGCCCCAACAUGCAGAUGGGUUUGCAGCGUGUGCAGAUUGAUGAUAUUGAUGCGGAGGGUUCUAUUUCUUUCAGGUUGCAGUGCUGCUACACUGCCCCCUUGUCCACAGCUGUGAGCCCCAGUGGUUCCACAGUCGGUGCAAAAUGGAACCCGUGGGACCCAAUAGGAUGGGAGGGCGUGUACUGUCCCUCUGCCCGGGACGGAACUGGUCGGCUCACAUACAAGCAGCAGCUCAGCUUUCUUGAUCCUUCUCUGCCGCCCCCAGACCCAGUGUGGGCUUUGUAUUUCAACUUCUCUAUGGGAGCCUGGUGUGUCGGCAUCAGCACCAUCGAGAGAGAGUGCAUCCCCAGCUCCGCACUUCAGCCCCUUCAAGAGCCUCCGUUGCAGGCCCCCUAUUGGGCUGUGGUCCCCGUCGACGAUUUCGAUGGCGUCUUCGUGGAAGGGGAUGCAAUGAGCAGGGCGGCAGCUGCGGCCAAAGUGAGCCCCAAGCCCAAGCCCAAGCCAAUCUUGCUCACCUUUGUCGGCCACCCGCCAGAGGUGGCUCCAGAGUGCAAGGUGCUGGUAGCCGAUUAUGACUCCGUGGGCCGGUUCUUGCCAAGCUCGAACCCCUGCUCCUACGUGACCGGGCCCCAAGCCACAUGGAAUGAAGCGACGGAGCAAGAGGAUUCUGGCUUCGACUACAACAAGGUGCUAGGCUGCUUCAGGCGCCAAGGGGAGCGUGACUUGAGUGCCACAUACACCACCAACAAGAUUGCGAUAGCUCACUGGUCCGUAAACACCUUUGGCCAAGCUGCGAGGAUGGUUUGUCCCUUCUUUGGAGAUGCAAUCUUUGCCCCCUUCGGUCUUGGCGCCAACGUUAAAACUGCUGACAUCUGCGAUGCAUGGGCGAAUGCUGCGACAGCGGAGGUGCAGAAUUCAAUAAGAAUCGGCGGGUACGGAAACAACAUGAAGGUUGCAAGCGCGUCCAGUGAAGAUUGCGGUGGCCAACAGGCUGCGUUCUCCAGGCUGUGGUGCGACCUCCACUGCGUCAAGGAUGCUGUCCUGAAAGGCAAUGCUGCGAUGAGGACGAACCUGGCAGAAGCUGUGCGAGUUGUGAAUCAGAAUGUCGAUGCCCUCAGUGAAUACUAUGCAGGCCUUCUGAAUCAGAAGCUUGACACGCUGUCCGAACGCCUGGAUGAGUUCACAAGUGAAAAGGCAAAGCCCACUCUGCAAGUUGGAGAUCUGCGAGCUUCGUUGAGCUCACGCUUGGCGACAGUAAGCAACAUCCUGUCGGAAGGAGAGCUGGACACGCUGGGCCUCACCGCCUCCCACUGGGCCCUGGAAAACUUCAUGCUCGAUAUGCGCUUGAACCUUGAGAACUUGAAGAACGCAACUUCUUCAGGCAGGGCUUCGGCGGCUUCGGGCAUGGAAGCAGGCAUGGAGUAUGUGCUCGGCAGGACAGACGCGCUAGAACAGGCAGUCUCCGUGCUUGCAGGAGGUCGCAAGACUUCGAAGAGCCGUGCCAUGGGGGAGCUCACGGUUGAAGCAGCCACUCUCAUGCAGAAGGUGGCCCAUUCCCGAAAUAACCUCCUUGGUGUCUACAGCCACCAUUCCAAAGAGUGGAAGCAUCGCCAGAAGCAGCUGCUUCGAGGGGCACAAAGGGCAGAGAGGGCGGAGAGCCAGAGCCUCCUGGAAUCCGAGAGCUUUGAGAGCCCUCUAAGCUCCCCCUACCCUGGUGGCCCUGGUGAUCUUUGGCAAGUGCUGGUGUCCUUGGACGGCACCUGGUGGAGUCUCCGGGCCUCGCUGGACAAGUACUUGAACCAAGCCCGGCGCCACGCCGCCACUUACCUGGCAGCUGCCAAGACGCUUCACGGCUACGUCGGCUGCUCCGCUCGCUUCGGUGAGAUGCAGACGCGCUACAGCGACUUCCUGAAAGCCGAAGAG